AUGCCCCUGGAGGAGGGAGAACAUGAUCCUCCGACUGGACAAAAUGACCAGCAUGAUCAUGAAUCGGCUUCCUUGCUAUCACCGACCGAUCAAGAGGAGGAAGGCCUUAUCGUCCAUCCUGAUCCGGCCGGUUCCCCAGGUCCCCUCAACCGCCCCCGAUCCAAGCGCCAAUCCUCGAUAUCACAGCCUACUCUAGAUGGACAUCGCCGUACGCCCAGGACUACCAAUAGGGUUCGAUUUGUGGAGGAAUCCGCAGAGGAGGAAGACGACCAGCUUUCAAAUGGUCGAGCUUACAGCCCCGACGAUGCGCAAUGGCUCGACGAAGAAGAUUACGAGUUCAAUGAGCAUUUGGAGUCCGGAAAUCGCAGCGGGGGACAAUCAGUGCCACUACUGACAAAUAUUGAAGCUCCCAGCGUGACCUUAGCGACUUCGGAAGACUUCUUCCCGGAAGAUCACCUUGAAGACGCGAGACCUCGAAGCGGGAUGAAAAUGGCCUUCAUGAACAUGGCUAAUAGCAUUAUUGGUGCCGGUAUCAUCGGUCAGCCGUAUGCGCUCCGUCAAGCGGGUCUUACAAUGGGCAUUCUGCUCUUGACAGCGCUGACUGUGACGGUGGAUUGGACUAUUCGCCUCAUCGUGAUCAAUUCGAAGCUCAGUGGAGCGGACUCCUUCCAGGCUACUAUGCAAUACUGCUUUGGGAGAAGUGGUCUUAUUGCUAUAUCAAUUGCGCAAUGGGCGUUCGCGUUUGGUGGUAUGGUCGCGUUUUGUAUCAUUGUGGGUGAUACGAUACCGCACGUUUUCGCCGCCCUCUUUCCCUCGCUGCGCAACAUGUCAUUCUUGUGGCUGCUGACGGACCGUCGAGCUGUGAUUGUUCUAUUUGUCCUUUGCGUCUCAUAUCCGCUUUCGCUUUAUCGGGACAUUGCCAAAUUGGCGAAAGCAUCUGCUCUCGCGCUCGUCAGCAUGAUCGUAAUCGUCGUCACGGUCAUUACCCAAGGAUUCCGGGUGCCAAGUGAAUCGAGGGGGGAGUACAAGAGCAUUCUUAUUGUGAACUCGGGCUUCUUCCAGGCCGUUGGUGUGAUUUCCUUUGCCUUUGUUUGCCACCACAACAGUCUCCUGAUCUAUGGAUCUCUGAAGAAACCCACACUAGAUCGCUUUGCCAAGGUCACACAUUAUUCGACUGUAGUCUCUUUGUGCAUGUGUCUAGCCAUGGGCCUCGCGGGAUUUUUGUCCUUUGGAUCGAAGACUCAAGGAAAUGUGCUCAAUAAUUUCCCAGCCGACAAUAUCCUGGUCAACAUUGCCCGACUAUGUUUCGGCUUGAACAUGCUCACUACCCUUCCACUGGAAGCAUUCGUCUGUCGAUCAGUUAUGACAACUUACUACUUCCCAGAUGAACCAUUCAACCCUAACCGGCACUUGAUUUUUACAACGACUCUGGUUGUGACAUCAAUGGUGCUGGCGUUGGUGACAUGUGAUCUAGGCAGCGUGUUCGAAUUGAUUGGUGCAACUAGUGCUGCCGCCCUGGCAUACAUCUUCCCUCCGCUCUGUUGGAUCAAACUUAGCAGUGCUACUCGGAAAGAAAAGAUUCCCGCAUAUCUAUGUGUUGGAUUUGGGCUUGUUGUCAUGGGUGUGAGUGUAGUGCAAGCUGUUGCAAAGAUCAUUCGAAGCGACGGCGAGGGUAGCUCAUGUGGAGCUCCUUGA